UCAAUUUAAGGAUAUGAUAGGCUGUUUAUACUUGUGAAAGUAAGGGUAUUAUCCGGAUCCGAAUAAUAUAAUGUGGAACAAGUGUAAGUCAGAAAAAAGUGUCUCCCAUUGCCUUCCCUUGACAAGUUGUAAAGUAUCCAUGUCAGAGAGAGGGAAAACAAUGGGAGAAAUGCUGGCAGUUUGGGUUUCUUUGAAGGAGAAUGUCAACUGUGUAGCUAAGCUGAGUGAUGUGGUUGGAAGACCAGAAAAAAGCUGUGGGAAUUCAAGAACCCAGAACCCAGAGAAAGAGCUUGUUCAUCAACUCAGAAACCCCUUUCGAGAAGCACUUUUUAGGCCAAUCCAUCCAAAAACUCAGUUUUGUGAGCUCAAUGUUGGUGACCCAUCAAGGAACAUCAUUGAGUUGAUUUUUCAAAGAGCGUCAAUGGAUCCCUCAAAGUCAAAGCCAUCAUGGAAGAUCAAAAGGGUACUAAAAGUGAAGAACUCCAUAGAAGUUCUCAAAAGGUUCGAGGAUUACAGAGAAAAAGUUAUCAAAAAAGCCAACCAACAACACGAGAGACAUCCAAGGAGCACCAUAGAUGGAAACGAGCUGUUACUUUUCUAUGGCACUACAAUGGCUUGCUGCAGGAAGCCGAAACCGGUGCCGGAGCUCUGCAAAGACCCGAGCUGUCGAGCGUGCCGGAUUAUUCAUUCCCGAUUUGACAUGGAAUUCACUAGGAAAAAUGGGGUUAGGUUGAGUACGAGUAGUGAAGAAGUGUGUGACAACAUGGUAUCUUUCAAGUUGAAGAAGUUGAAAAGGGCUGUAAUUGUUUGCAGGGUGAUUGCAGGGAGUAUUGGCAAUACCAUCGAUGGGGCGCGUGAAGAUUUUGAUUCAAUUGGACGUAUAGGGCGUCACUCCAACUUGGAGUAUUUGGUUGUACCAAAUCCCAGUGCUAUACUUCCCUGUUUCCUCAUAGUUUUUAAUUGAAUUGCUAACAUUUUCAGCCUAAUUCAACCUCUUCUUUGUGUUUGAUACUUGUAUUUAACACAUUCUGACAUCAUUUAAACACGUACAUGAAAGAAGCAUACUUCUCUCAAAA